AUGGCCAAGUCUAAGAACCACACAAAUCACAACCAGAGCAAGAAGGCUCACCGCAAUGGUAUCAAGAAGCCCAAGAGCUACAGGACGAGGUCGAUGAAGGGUGUUGACCCCAAGUUCCGCCGUAACGCGAAGUUCGCGCUGGUUGGCUCCCGAAAAGCUCGACUCGAGGCGAAGGAAGCAUCAUGA